CAUGACAGAUAACUCAACUUCAUUAUCUAAAAUUUAAAGACGCUAAUCCAUGACAACAUGAGUGACUUUUUUAAAGUGGUUUCUGCACACUGUGGUUAAACAGAAGCAAACUAGGAAGUGAUGUUUGCUCCUACUUCCUCCCAUUGAUAGGAGAUCGUUGUAACGUGCAGUUCGUUCAUGUAUAUAUUUGUAAAUCUUAUCAUAAUUCACAUUGUUGUCCCAAAAACUGGUUCCUGAAUUGCUGCACUUAUGCUGCCUUGAGAUGAACAUAACGGUGGACGCGAUGAACAACUCAAACGAAACAGAUGACUGCUAUCCGUCUGCAAAUCCUGAAAAGAUGGUAUUCGUAGGCCUGCAACUGGCUGUGAUUCUGAUCGGCAUCCCAUCCAAUGUCUUCUUCUUGUUUGUGUCGUAUCGGCUCAUCCGUCAGAAGAACGAGCUGGGUGUCUAUCUGUUUAACCUGGCUCUCUCGGACCUGUUGUUUAUCACGUGUUUACCAGUGUGGGUUCAAUUCUGUCUGUACGAUGAGUGGUAUCACGGCAAGACGAUGUGUUUUGUAUGUGUUUUCCUGCUCUUUACAAACUUCUACACCAGCGCUAUGCUUCUGAGCUGCAUCGCGGUGGAUCGCUAUUUAGCCAUCGUCUACCCGCUCAAAUUUUGCACUUUUAGAAAGCGCAAGACUGCGGUCAGCAUGAGCAUUGCUGCAUGGAUUUUUACUCUUGUGUUUAAUGCAAUAACCGUGUAUCCAGACAUGAUCUACGACGAGGAGAACUUAAUCUGCUUGGAUUUAUUUCCUUUGCAUGAAAAGCAAAUAAUUGUCAAUACUGCUCGUUUUAUUGUAGGCUUCCUCGUUCCCGCAUUGGUUGUGGGUUUCUGUUAUUGCCGGAUAUGUUUGGAUGUGAAGAGAAACCAAACGCUUGGGUCAAUGGAGCGCCAGCAUGUCUUCCGGCUUCUUGGAUGCAUUUUGUUGACCCUUUAUUUGUGUUUUGGACCUGUGCACAUCAUGAUGGUUAUGAGGGUUUUGCUGGAGGAUUGUCCAUAUCCCAACUGGCUCUUCAUUGGAUAUAAGGUCUGCGUCUUUCUCUCGAUGCUCAACUGCCUGGCUGAUCCACUUCUGUACUGCUUUAUGAGCAGAACGGGUCAAGCCAGUGCUUUAAAUGUGUUACACAUCCUCAGGAGAACAUGGAAGAAAGAGUGUCAAAAAGAGAUGGAAAAUCUAAGACAAAGCAACCAAAUUCUUGGAACUGCAACCGUUCCAAUCACAGAAGCAACCUUUAGGACUGAAUUCAGCACUGAUAACUUGUGAUCAGAUCAUGCUGAUGUUUAUAAACUUCAACUAAGAAAUGAAGCCAUAAAACUUUACAAGCUGUCCAUUCAAACUCAAACUGUCUGACUAAGCUCAUUUCUGUCGUGGCAACUCUCAGAAGGAUUGGCAUGGUAAUGUACAAUGUUAGUGUAUUUGGUUUUGGAAGAAUAGAUCUGCUACACUGCUGCAAUACAUCCACACCAUGCUGCUGUGAGCAUGUAAGAAAUAUUGCAUAACAAAUGAAUAACAUAUAUGAAAUGACCCCCAUAUGGAAAACAUGAUCACCUUGUAGCAGAACUAUACAGGUGGAGCUGGGGAAGGUGGAGGGUUUCUGAAGCAAGCUUUAAUGCUACAGCAAGCACUAGUCAUCUAUUUGAAUUUUCAGCAGUGAGCUCAUUGGCUAACAAUACAGAAGAGAACCAAUCAGCUGUGCCGUGUGAUAAUGAUGUCAGUUGAGUUAGACCUAUCGGACUGCGCCAUCUAGAGUUUCGUGCCAGAACUCUGUAUUUGUCUAAAACGUCCAGGUUGUAAAAUGUUUAAAGAAACGAAUCCUUUAUUAAAACUCACUGAAAGAAAUGAUACAAUAUUUUUUUUUAAAUAAAGGACAUUUAAACACAAAGACUGAUCAUGCAUUGAGAGCAUGAACACUUCCGAAAAGCCUUGGAUUUUGAGAAAUGAGAACAGUGUUUCAUCAGAAUUUCCUGUUGGUUUCAUCUAAUUUAGUCACCAGUUCACACUUUCAUUUUCACACCCUCUUCUACCCUAAUAUUUUGCUCAAAAUAUUGUAAAUAUCUGAAGUGUAACAUUAAAUAUAUUUUGAGUGUUAUACCUUACACAAGGCUGUGUCCAACUUUGAUAGCAAGCUUGCCUUGCUUUUUCAAUAAUACUGUUUAAGACCAAAAACUACUGUUCAAAGGUUUGGGGUAUAUGCAAUAAUUAACAUUGUUACACGAUACGAGUGUGCAUGUGUGUGAAUAGAUACAUUUACAGUAGAUAUCACAGUUACAUAACUCCAUGUUGCAUGACAUAUGUUUCAUGGUUAGUGAAAAACGAAAAAUUUUAAAACACUUGAAUAAGACAAUAAAACACAUACAGAACAUUGGUUCCCGGGAUUUUUGAGAACUGAAGCUUGUAGCCUAGAAUUUUUCUUUCUAAAUUAUGUGGAAAUCAUCUUGUUUAUUCACUUACAGAAAACAAUAUAUUGAUUAAAAAAAAGUCAUAUGCGAGUUGGCGUCAACAAACAUGAAUAUCUUUGUGAUUUACACCUGAGAAGACAAAGGCCCACAUAAUGAGCUGCAUAAUGAGCUGCAUAAUGAGCCGCAUAAUGAGCCACAUAAUGAGCCGCAUAAUGAGCCGCCUAAUGAGCUGCAUAAUGAGCCGUGUAAUGAGCUGCAUAAUUAGCUGCAUAAUAAGCCUUUCACUCAGCUGUGUCACUGAGAGGGAAUAGUUACAAGAAAGAAUGUGAGGAAAAAAUAAAUGUAUAAUAAUAAAUGUAAUUUUAUGUUUGUAGCUUAUUUAGAAUAUAUUUAAUAAUCCCCCAACAUAAUUUAAUAUCCACUUGGGAGUGCAGUUAAACAGUUUAUUAGGAACAAUCAAAGCUGACUUUCAAACUAAUUGUUUUGCAUUAUUACUCCAGUCACACAAUCCUUCAGAAAUCCUUUUAACAAUCUUUUUUCUACACCGAAAAAAACAUUUAUUAUUAUUAUUAUUAUUAUUAUUAUUAUUAAUGUUGAAAAGAGCUGAGAAUAUUUUUUUCCAGUUUUUUAGGGGGGAUAAAUUGAAAGAACAGCAUUGUUUGUUACAUUUGUUACAGUUACAUUUAUUUGUUACAUUUAUAUUAUUUACAUGAAGCUUUUGAAUUGUAUAGCAUUGUAUAUUGUUAUUGAAACUUCAUAAUGUUUCACUUGAUUAUACAUUUAGUCAGGAAUUAUAGUUUGGAAAAAGUCUAACUAGUAAAUUGUUUACACGUUAUGUGAAAACUAGUACAAGUAUAUAAAUAAAUAAAAAGAGACUUACUCAUGUUUAUGAUCUCUGCUGAAUAAAGUGCUUCAUUCUUUUUUUUUGAGGAAAUACAAAUCUCUUUUGGGGUGAAUUAUGUCUUAUUCCUUUCAUCGCAAAGCAAACAGUAAAAUAAAAUAACUUGAAGAACAGUCUGGCUGUGUUGUCUUCUGUUGUGAGAGCCUAUUCAAGCCGCGCACUUCAGUGAAACAUUAGAAUCUGAAUAGAGCGUUCAGCGCGGGGGCGUGGUCACAUUAGAAUCUGAAUGGAGCAUUCAACGUGGGGGCGUGGUCACAUUAGAAUCUGAAUAGAGCGUUCAACGCGGGGGCGUGGUCACAUUAGAAUCUGAAUGGAGCAUUCAACGUGGGGGCGUGGUCACAUUAGAAUCUGAAUAGAGCAUUCAGUGCGGGGGCGUGGUCACAUUAGAAUCUGAAUAGAGCAUUCAGUGCAGGGGCGUGGUCACAUUAGAAUCUGAAUAGAGCAUUCAGCGCGGGGGCGUGGUCACAUUAGAAUCUGAAUAAAGCGUUCAGCGCGGGGGCGUGGUCACAUUAGAAUCUGAGUAGAGCGUUCAGCGCGGGGGCGUGGUUACAUUAGAAUCUGAGUAGAGCAUUCAUCGCGGGGGCGUGGUCACAUUAGAAUCUGAGUAGAGCGU